CGACUCACUUUUUCCCACCUGUCAGCAAUCUCCACUCAGUAUUGAUCCUCACAAUCGCCUCUGGCUCGAACAUGCGCAGCUAUUGAGGCUUCUCCCCCGAUAAAAUGUCAAGCCCGACAUCCGACUCGCACGAUCUAACCAUCUCCAAACCCCCACCAAGCACGGCCGUCCUACUGGCCCAAAAACUGCCAAAGCCAUAUAUCAACAGCCUCUGUGGUGCUGCCGCUGGUGUUGCUUCAGGAAUCGUCACAUGCCCGCUUGAUGUUAUCAAGACCAAGUUGCAGGCUCAGGGAUCAUUCCGUCACCAACAGCAUUCACAAGGUGCUCCUGUGACGAAGCAGGUCUAUCGGGGUCUUGUUGGAACUGCCAAAACUAUCGUCCGUCAGGAUGGUCUCAAGGGCAUGUAUAGAGGCCUCGGACCCAUGAUACUUGGUUAUCUGCCCACCUGGGCUGUCUACAUGAGCAUCUACGACAUUGCAAAGACAAAUUACUCAGAACGUGUUGAACCACAAUGGCUCGCCCACGUAUGCUCCUCUGUAACCGCCGGCGCCUGCUCGACGCUUGCAACGAAUCCUAUCUGGGUAAUCAAGACUCGUCUCAUGUCGCAAAUCUCUACGAAAGCCGUCGAAGGACACCGUACCCCUUGGCACUACAACAACACUUGGGAUGCUGCUCGCCAGAUGUAUAGGGGCGAGGGCAUCAAGGCCUUUUACUCAGGAUUGGCUCCUGCUCUGUUGGGUCUGACUCACGUCGCUAUUCAAUUUCCUCUAUACGAAUAUCUAAAGCUCAGAUUUACCGGCGUCGAGAUGGGUGCAGCACCUCCAAGUCAGGGUACAAACUCGGUCGGUGUCCUUGCUGCCACCUGCAUCAGCAAGAUUUGUGCCACAACUGCAACAUAUCCUCACGAAGUUUUACGGACUCGUCUACAGACACAACAACGAGGUAUCCCUAGUUCCGACGGCAUGAUCAACAAGCCUCGCUAUCAAGGCGUGCUCAAGACAUGCAGACUCAUUUUAUACGAAGAAGGCUGGACUGCCUUUUACAGCGGCAUGGGAACAAACCUCAUCAGAGCCGUCCCCGCCGCCAUGACUACAAUGCUCACCUUCGAGACGCUCAAGAGUGUCAUUGUCCGUAUGCAGACCGACAACGAAGUGGAGCAAGCUCAUUCCAUCUAGAACGACAUUACAUUCGACAAAGCCUGUCUCAUCCACCUACAUCUCACGAGCUACGCCCAAAUGUAUAGAAGCCUUUUCUACGUGUUGCCCCGGAGUGACAUCUCCCAGUUUCUCGCUUUACUCAAAAACAACUUCUUCGGAUCCUUUUCAUCUACCUAUAUCACGGCAUUGCUUGCAUUUAAACCCCGGCUAGGGUGUUCACAGCAAGGCGUUUUGGCGUUCAUUGUUGCAGUCUGGUGCUUCCUUUGCUUGACUUUUACUUUUUCCCUUAGGACGCAGCAGAAUAAAACAACGUCAACCUUCCGAAUUUGCUGUCUUCUCAUGAGCGACGCUGUCCGACAAUGCUAAC